UGUUUGGACUAAUGAUUACACCCCUGGCUCCUUGAUCCAACGCUGGACGGGAAUUUUCAUUGCUUCGUUGUUGUUGUUGGAUCACUUGUCGCAUAGGAAGUGUUACUUUCCACAGUGAAACGUAUGUAGCCAAUACAAUUGUAUCACUUUCCACUGGAACUACGUAGCAGCAGAUACAAAUUAAACCUCUUUCUAUUUAUUUUGAUUUUACCACCGCUCGCGUUGGGCUCGAGUUGAUCGAGAAUGGGGGGUGGUUUUGUACACAGGCUUUUGAUCGUUCCAAGAAAUCAACAGUAGAAACAAGUUUCACACGACCAAGUGCCAUCCUGACCUUUAACCUCCAGAUAACACAUGGAUGACCUGGAUGCUGUCAGAGGACUGUCUCCCCGGCCUGCUCCUGAGGACUCGGUGUCCCUCUCCACGUCCUCCACAGACACCAUCAACUUGGAAGAUGGUCACUACUCUGCCCUGCGAGCGGAGAUGGAGGCUGAUGCUCGGGACUUGGAGGCAGAGUCCUGGAGUGUUGCUGUGGACCAGCAGCACAUAAACAGCCUCCACCAAGACGCUGUAAAGAGGCAAGAUGUCAUCUACGAGUUGAUCCAGACAGAGGUGCAUCAUGUGCGGACCCUGAAGCUGCUGCUGAGUGUUUACCAGUAUGAGCUGAGACACAGCCUACAUAUGGAGGAUACUAGGCUUGAGAGGAUGUUCCCUCAGAUCGACAGCCUGCUGCACAUCCACCAACACUUCCUGUGGUGUCUUAGGGACGGCCGGGACAGACACAACCACCACACUGUCACACAGCUGGGAGAUAUACUCAUCAACCAGUUUUCAGGUGAGAUGGGAGAGAGGAUGAAGGAGAAUUACGGCGUGUUCUGUAGUCACCACACUGACGCUGUCGGUCUCUACAAGGAACAGCUACAGAACAACAAAAAGUUCCAGAACUUGAUUAUGAAAAUCGGUCGGUUGUCCAUCGUUCGGAGGUUAGGAGUACCAGAAUGCAUCCUGUUGGUGACUCAGCGGAUCACGAAGUACCCCGUCCUGGUGGAACGCAUUCUACUGAACACUGAAGCCGACAGUGAGGAGCACGGUGCCCUGGUCCAGGCCCUGGCUCUGAUCAAAGAGACCAUCUCUGCUGUGGACUCCCAGGUCCAUGACUAUGAGAGGGCCUCCAGGCUGAGAGACAUAGGCGGCAGGCUGGAGCCUCGUUCCCAUGGCCGGUGGAAGGACGGCAGGGUGUUCACGAGAGAGGAUCUGGCUGAGGGCCUCAGAACCCUGCUCCACGAGGGGACGGUCAACUGUCGGGUGGCAAACGGUCGGCUCAAAGACAUCCACGCUGUUCUGUUGUCAGAUGUCCUGCUGCUGUUACAAAAGGAAAAGGACCAGAAACUCAUAUUUGCAAAUGUGGACAACAAGACGUCGGUGAUCUCCCUCCAGAUGCUGAUUGUCAGGGAGAUGGCCCAUGAGGACAAGGCUAUGUUCCUGAUCAGUGCUUCGUCCAGCAUGCCAGAGAUGUACGAGAUACACACCUCCUCCAGAGAAGAAUGCAAUGCCUGGAUGAGCCUUAUACGAGACGCUGUCAACAGUUGUCCAGUAAUGGAGGAGCAGCUGAGCAAUGAGCAGGAGGAGGCCAGGCUCGCCAGGCUCAGAGACUUCCAAGAGCGUCUGUAUGUGAAGGAUUCCCAGAUCAUGCAGAGCCUGACAGAGAAGCUGCAGAUGUUUGCUGACAUGGUGGAGGCUGUAACAGGGAUGGAGGAUGGAGCUGCCCACUCCUGUCUGCUGCUCCGCGGUGAUGCCUCAGAACUCCAGCAGGGGGAGACACUGCUCAAGGGAGCCAUCACUGAGGUGGAGAAUCUACAGAACCUUCUCCUGUCCGGUGUGACUGUGCGAGAUCCCCACCCCCAUCCAGAGGACAGCCUGGGACUAGGGAGGUUCAGUUUGAGGCCAGAAGUGGUACGGCUUUAUCUAGGAGGGCUAGGCCUUGGGCGGCUGGGGAACCUGUCGGUGCAUAGGAGAGCUGAGACCUUUGGAGGUUACGACUGCAACCCUCCCACCCCCAUCAAGAAUGUGGAGGGACGACCUCAACGUUCAAACUCUGACCCCCAGCUACAGGACCUUGACCAAUCAGAGAGCCUGGAACUGUCGUUCUUUUACGCCGUGCUGACGCUCUCACAUAGGCUUUACGGUCUGCAGGCCAUCGUCUCCCAGCAGGACAGCCACAUUGAGCUCCAGCGUGCCUCUCAUUUGGUGCGUGAGCGUCCGGGUCGCAACCGAGGCAACAUGCUCCUGGAGCAGGAGAAACAACGUAACCUGGAGAAACAGAGAGAAGAGGUGGCCAACUUCCACAAGCUGCAGACACAGCACCGUCAAAACCAGGCUCGCUGGGAGAAGGAGCGGGAGCGUCACCGGCUGCAGGCGGAGGUCCUAGAGGCGGAGCUAAGACAGAGAGAGGAGGAGUGUAGGAGACUGGAGAAGAAACUAGAGAUGGAGAGAGAGGAGCUGGAGAGACAGAGAGAGACAUACCAACAGGAUCUAGAGAGGCUGAGGGAGUCGAUGAGGACGGUGGAAAAACAGAAGGAGCACCUCAAUACACAGAUGAAGUUGAAGCAGAACAAGACCGUCACCAACCCUGGGAGUUUUAACUUCAGAGCUCAGCAGGCUCCCCUCUCCCAGUCCUUCCGAGGGGAUCUUCCCCUCUCCCAGUCCAUCCGAGGGGAUCCUCCCCUCUCCCAGUCCUUCCGAGUGGAUCCUUCCCUCUCCCAGUCCUUCCGAGUGGAUCCUUCCCUCUCCCAGUCCUUCCGAGGGGAUCUUCCCCUCUCCCAGUCCUUCCGAGGGGAUCCUUCCCUCUCCCAGUCCUUCCGAGGGGAUCUUCCCCUCUCCCAGUCCUUCCGAGGGGAUCUUCCCCUCUCCCAGUCCUUCCGAGGGGAUCCUUCCCUCUCCCAGUCCUUCCGAGUGGAUCCUCCCCUCCUCUCCCAGUCCUUCCGAGGGGAUCCUCCCCUCCUCUCCCAGUCCUUCCGAGGGGACCUGACAGCUGAUUGGAUGAAAGGAAGAGAGGUUAUCCAGAUCCCCAAGGUCCUUGUCCCCCCCAGCCCCUCUGUAGCCACCAACAUUUUCCUGGAGCAGCCCCCGGAGGUGCCCCCUCGCAGGGAGAGCAUCAGCCCCGGGCCCCCUAAACCGGAGUUCCCCAUCCACCUGAUCAGCACAACCAACCAGGUGGUUCAUAAACCAGGGGCCGUGCAACAGCAGAUACCCACCAAGUUGGCUGUCCUUGGUAACAAGGGCAAGGAGAAGAGCAGUAAGAAGAGGUCCCACCACAAGCGCAAUCACAGUGCAGCGUCCAUAGAAAUGUCUCAGGUGGUGCCGAUCAGAGUGACAGGAAAUCAGAGUCUGAGAGGGAAGAAGACUGUGAGCCCACAGAGAAACUACCAAUCAGAUGAUUUCUUUAGUCCUCCAGAGCCCCUGUCCAGCGCUAAGCCCUCCCAGACCCUGUCGUCCAGCAGCAGCAUGAGGACCAAUAACCAGAGCCACGUCCCUCCACCCAAACCUCCACCUCCCCCUCCACCCUUCCCCAAAGACAUAGCAAGCAAACCAACCAAGGAACACGUUAUCUACCUGUAAGGACACAGGGCGACACCAGAACCC